AUGCGGGCGGAAUUGACGGCGAUGACAAAACGCGUCGUCAACGAGCUGAAGCGAACAGACGAAGCCCGGCAGGCAUCUCAUAGAAUGGAAUUAAAAUUACACUCUAGAAUCCUGCGGGUGACUGCUGCCGAUUCUUGGCACCAGCCUGACAGUAUUGAAAAGCAGAAAAAGUUUCCUAAUAAACAUACUAAAAGUGAUCCUGAAACUGUUGUUAAAGCUCCCACGCCUGAACCAGAUAACUCGGAUUCGGUGAUAAGUAAAUUAAAUGAUGAUUGUUUGAGUGAAAUAUUUUUAUACUUGCCUAUUGCUGAUCGGAUACGCGUCGAAAGAGUGUGCAAACGUUGGCAAGCGUUGAGCCACCAAUCUUGGCACGCAGUUAAAUCCUUAAACUUGUCAAAAAAUUCAUGGGGGCUGUCACCAAAAAUUCGAGUGCAAGUAGUGGACACAAGCACACUCCGCAAGGUGUUAAUCCGCUGCGGAAAAUUUCUUACUCACCUUGACUUGUCACAAAUUUCCCAUUUAUUGGGCUCGAGUACUUUGACAAUAGUCGGGAAGCUCUGUCCAAAUUUGCAAUCGGUAAAUAUAACCAGCAUACCACUGUCGCAGUCAGGAAUAAACUCCCUGAUGACUCACUGCCAGAAUAUUACCAAAUUUAUGAUGAAGACACUUCGCGGACCCAGCGAGCGCGACUUGUCGUUAUUUUUUGGAGUGAACAAAAAAUUAAAGUACCUGUCAGUCGAAGGCGACGAAUACAUAGUCGGGAAAUCAUUUGCUUCACUGCCUCAGGAGGUUCUUGAAGAUUUGCACUUGACCCGCUGCACAGCCCUCGUGUCCAGUCACUUUGACGUCACGAUUAAUCACCUAACAAAUUUGAAAUCGCUGACGCUCAAUAUGUGCGUGUGUCUCACUGACUCGACACUGGAGGCCGUGGGUAACAAGACAACGAUAACGGACCUAAAAUUCAUGGGCACGCACCCGCUGAUCUCUGCAAACUCGCUGAACAAUUUGAAAAAUUUAGUUAAUUUAGAAAGACUGUGUCUGAAAGAAAACGUCGCGGUAAACGAUGAUUUUUUGAUUAACUUGUCGCAGAAUUGUAAACAACUUAAUUACUUGGAUUUAACCAACUGUCAGGCAGUGACUGAUCGAGGUAUUAGUCCACUGACAACUCUCAAUAAAUUAGAAACUUUGAUAGUUAAUUUUGUCUCCCAAGUGACUGAUGAAGCCAUUGCGAAUCUUCAGAGCCUUAAAGUCUUCAGUAGCUGGGGCUGUAAGGGUAUUACCGACUCAGGUAUUAUUAAUUUAAUUAACACUGCUCCGAAUUUAAUUUCUCUUGAUUUAUCGGCGACUUCGAUCACUAGCGAGUCUCUUCAAGUUGCUGUUACUGUUACGAGAAAACGUAAGAGUAAUUAUAUUCUUAAAAUGAUUAUUGGAGGGACCAAUGCUCAUUCUUUGGAUAUUAAAGAAAUUUCUCCGUUAUUGCAAAUAGUUAAUCUCGAUUUCUCAGUUUUGGAGAAUACUACGAGUAAAUAUGAGUAUUUAUUGUAA